AUGGCAAAUACACUGGCGAGCCAACAUCCAUCUAGAGAGCCUUUUUUUCUUAGUGCUUUGGAUGUAGACGCUAUGAAUGCACCAGAAUUUUCUGAGUAUAUCAAUUCAAAUCUUGUUGUUGUUACGAAAAGUGAAUUUGUUGUUGGCAUGAAAUUUAGUUCUAGAGAGACUGUUAUUGCAGCAAUUAAAGAUUAUACCAUUUUCAGGGGAGUGGAUUACCGGGUGUGUGAAUUUGAACCAACCACUUUUUAUGCUAAGUGUGUACAAUACGGCACAAGUUGCGACUGGCUUAUUAGGGCUAGUCUUAUUAAGAGAAAGUUUUGUUGGGUUAUAAGACGAUACAAUGGUAGUCACACAUGUACCAGAACUAGAAUUUCUCAAUAUCAUGCCAAGCUAAAUUCAAACAUGAUUGUAGAGGUGAUAAAGCCAUUGGUUGAAGCUGAUCCAUCUUUGAAAGUGAAAUCUGUGAUUGCUGAAGUACAGUCAAAAUUCAAUUAUACGACAAGUUACCGCAAAGCAUGGCUCGCCAAGCAAAAGGCAAUUGCGAACCUUUUUGGUGGUUGGAAAGCUUCUUAUGAAGCUUUGCCAUCAUGGUUUGAAGCAAUGGUACAAAAAGAUUCAUCAGCAGCAGUCGAGAUCGAAAUUGCACCAGCAUACCAAGGGGAUGAGGUAGUCCAGGAUGUUAGGAUACUGACGUGGGAUGGCAAUGGUAAUAUUGUGCCUCUUGCAUUUGCCGAAGUUAAGGGUGAGACUUCUGACGCAUGGCACUUCUUUCUUACUCAUUUGCGCACACAUGUGGUGACUCGAGAUGGUGUUGGGCUUAUCUCUGAUCGUCACGACUCUAUUACCUCAGCAAUACCUCAUAGUAAUGGAUCAUGGGAACCUCCAAGAGCUAUCCGAAUGUUUUGUGUUAGGCACAUAGCAUCCAACUUUUUGAGAAAUUUCAAGGCACCGUAUUUACAGAAGCUGAUAGUCAACAUGGGAACCUCUAGGCUCAGUGUACGGUUGUGUUUAUGGGUACUGAUGCUUGAUAGUGCACUACAGGAUCACCAACCAGAACGGAGGUCAAACAUUUUUUCCAUCUCAUAA